AUGACAAAGUUGAUAACGCCCCAUGAACUACGCCGCCACUGGCUCAAUCGCCUAGAAAUCGCCCUGCUGGACUCUCCGAUAGAGGAGAAAUUACCACCACUCGUACCGCGACGCGCGACUCCGGUGGUCGUCUACGAUAAUGGCGAAGGCUACGUCGAGCGGGCUGUAUCUCGCAUUGUCGCACUGGGAUACAACGAUGUCGCUAUUCUGGAAGGGGGUCUAGUGGGCUAUACGCAUGCAGGCGAGGUCUAUCGCGAUGUAAAUGUGCCGUCCAAGGCAUUUGGGGAAUUGGUCGAAUCGAUCCGACACACUCCGUCACUCUCAGCCAAAGAGGUAAAGGAGUUUUUGGAUCGGGAGAAAGAUGCGGUUGUGUUGGAUGCACGGCGCUUUUCAGAGUACUCAACCAUGAGUAUUCCGCGCGGUCGCAGCUGUCCGGGUGGGGAAUUGCUGUAUCGCAUUUUUGAAGCAGCACCGUCACCGGAUACUACGGUCAUUGUGAACUGCGCGGGUCGUACGCGGAGUAUCGUUGGGACGCAGUCGUUGAUCAAUGGUGGGAUUCCUAAUAAAGUCAUGGCAUUGCGAAAUGGAACCAUUGGAUGGACGCUGGAUGGUCUGGAAUUGGAGCAUCGAAAAGCUGAGCGCAUUCCUCUGCCUUCGCCAGAGGCAUCUCUUAAAGCUAGACAGCAUGCUGAAUCCUGGGCACACCAUGUCGGAGUGUCGGUUAUCGACGGGGAGAAGCUUGGUCGGUUGGCAGCGGAGGAAGAGCGAACACUCUACCUCCUCGACGUGAGGGACCCGAAUGAAUAUGUUGAGGGUCAUCCGAAGGGAUUCCAAAAUGCCCCGGGAGGUCAAUUGGUCCAGGCGACGGAUGAAUGGGUAGGCGUUCGCGGUGCUCGCAUUGUGUUAUACGAUACGGAUGGAGUGAGAGCCCGCAUGACGGCCAGUUGGCUGCUACAGUUGGGAUGGGAGGUCUAUGUCCUGGACGAGACAUCCAGCGUUACUCGUACAGUGUCGGACAGUCUCUCCAGGCCAGAUCCUCCCCAAUGGAGCCCACCGGUGGAUACGGUCGCGAACUCCAUCACAGUCGACGAACUGCGAGCCCUCGCAAACGCCAACGUGGUGGAUCUCGCACGCAGUCCGGUCUAUCGCCAGGGCCACAUUCCCGGGGCAUUCUUUGCAUCCGGGCCGGAAUUGACUCGCGAUUUGCAUGCCGUGAAUGGUACGGGACCGAUUGUGUUGACCUCGCCGGAUGGGAUGGUCGCUGCGAUCAAUGUGGAAUAUGCGCGACAGGGUAUUUCGCGCGAAGUUGUAUAUCUAUCCGGUGGCACUAAUGCCUGGAUUGCAGCGGGGCAUGCUCUGGAAAAUGAGACGAGGUGGCUUUCGCAACCAAUUGAUGUGUAUCAACGGCCGUACGAAGGGACCGACAAUGCGCGCGAAGCCAUGCAAGGGUAUCUCGACUGGGAGUAUGGACUGGUGGGACAAUUGGCGAACGAUGGAAUCUCCUGCUUUCACGUUGUCCGAGGAAGGGCGGAGCAGUAG